AUGGCUGGGCCAUGGCUGCUGCUUUUCCUGGCUUUUGAGUGUCCAGCCCUACCCACAGGUCCUAGUUCCUUCCCUUCCUCCCCGGAGGUAACCACUCUCCUGAGGCUGGCACAACAUGGUGUGUCUGGCACGCUUCCUUCUCUGGCCCCACCAAUCACACUGCUGGUGGAUGGGAAGCAGCAGACUCUGAUUGUCUGCCUGGUCCUUGAUGUCGCACCGCCUGGUCUUGACAGCCCUGUUUGGUUCUCAGGAGGCAAUGGCAGUGCACUGGAUGCCUUCACCUACGGUCCUUCCCCAGCAGCAGAUGGCACCUGGACUAGUUUGGCCCAGCUGUCUCUACCCUCUGAGGAGUUGGCAGCCUGGGAACCCUUGGUCUGCCACACUGGGCCUGGACCAGGAGGCCAGAGCCAGAGCACACAGCCCCUACAGCUGUCAGGAGAGACUUCCACAGCCAGGAAUUGCUUCCAGGAUCCUCGCACGGGGACGCUUGGCCAGGCCCUGAGGCUGGGGGCUCUUCGGCUGCUGCUCUUCAAGUUGCUGCUGUUUGAUGUGCUCCUGACCUGCAGCUGCAUCUUCCUAACUCAGCCGCAGGCACUCAAGCCCCCAACUGCCACCUGCUGCACUUGACCUCAGUGGUGGAGGGACUUCGGGUUGUAAGCACACCCAGCCUGCCCAGCCCACACUGAGCCCCAGGACCUGCCUUGUGGGUCCGGAGCACAGGAGCUCAGUCUGCCAGGAGGGGAUCUUCUCUAGGAACCCAGCUGGGCCUGGCACUCACCAUGUGAGCCCUUGGUGUUCCUUCCUCAAGUCUUGGAAUUUUUUUUGUUUUCUUUUCCUUUUUUGUAUGUGACCCGCCACCUCCUGUAGACUGGAGCAUUCCUCUCCACCCUCAGAUUGAGGGCUUUCCAAGGAAAAAGGCUGUGACUCCAUCAGACAGAGCCCCUGAGGGUGGGGCUCUGCCCAGUCUCUGGAGCAUUUCGGGUGCAGAUA